UUCUCCCAACUAGAGGCCAAUCCUCAUGCUCAAGAUCACCCCAUAAACGUCUAUGGGGUGUAUUAACCCGCGGAUGCGUCCACCGCGCUUAAUAAUUUUUCCAAAGGGACACUGGCUUUUCUAUCCAUCUGCUUAACUUUACCUGCUCUAAUGGCCGCCUCCGCCGCCUCCGCCGCCUCGUACAAAGAGUAUGAAAUCCGGCACCGCAACCCAAACCCUAAAUCGGCUGCUCUCCUAGUGAUAGACAUGCAGAACUACUUUUCUACCAUGGCGGAGCCUAUCCUCCCCGCCCUCCGAUUUACCGUUGGCAUCUGCCGCGCCGCUGGUAUACCCAUCUUCUACACACGACAUCGCCACCGUUCGCCUGAGGACUAUGGCAUGCUCGGCGAGUGGUGGGACGGUGAUCUUAUCUUCGACGGUACGCCGGGCGCCGAGCUCCUCCCUGACAUCGGCAGGCGCGAGGGUGACCGGGUGGUGGAGAAGAACACUUACAGUGCGUUUGCGGGGACUGGUUUGGAAGAGACGCUGAGGGAACUGAACGUGGAGGAGGUGAUCGUGACGGGGGUGAUGACGAACCUCUGCUGCGAGACGACGGCCAGAGAAGCGUUCGUUAAAGGGUUUAGGGUUUUUUUUUCUACUGACGCCACCGGAACAUCGAAUAGGGACUUGCACGAGGCUACACUGAAGAAUAUGGCCUAUGGAUUCGCGUAUCUGGUGGAUUGCUUGAGGCUUAAGGCCGCGCUUUCGCACAAGCGCUAAUUGCUGAACCAGGAACCUGAUGGCAAAAUAUCGAAAUGAUAUUUGGAAUUCUGAAAUAAAGAAAAUAGUUCAUCAACUUGGAGGAUUAUUCUUAAUGGUGCAAAAUUUCUUCGUCCUAUUAUAAGAUGGAAAGGUGCUAUAGGUGUAUCUAUUAAUAUCCUAAAGGAUGCAUGAGUUCUUGAUAGAAGUAUUGAAAGAUAACCUAACAUUUGUUGUGAAAUUGGAUGAGGUUGGCAAUUCUCUUGACAAUUUCAUUUUGGACGGUAAAUGGAAUGAGGCUCAGCUGGAGUUGUUUUUUGGUGAACAAUUGAUUGAUGUUAUUAAGUUAAUUAAGAUUCAUUCUAAUUUACAGUAUGAUUAAUUGGAGCUUAAAAUAAAACUUUAUGGAAAAUCUAUAAUUGCAUUAGCUAUUGAAGAUUCGGGUGAAGAUUUUGUGAAAGAUAAUUAUUAGUAUUGAAUAAAAAUACUUUAAUUGAGACGUCGGGUUGAAUUAUUUUGGUGGUGGCUAAUUAGCAAUGCAAUUCCAACGAAUGAUUUUCUUAUGUAAGAUUAUUGGACUAUAAUGCUUGUCCAAGAGUUUGUAUUUCUACUGAAAAUUCGGAUCACAUAGCAGUUAAAUGUGUAAAGCUCAUUCAAGUUAUAAUGUAUCUGAAUAAGUGGGGUUUUGCUA